CGCUCCUUCACCCUCAUCGUGGAGGCCUGGGACUGGGACAACAACACCAGCCCGGAUGAGGAGCUGCUGAUCGAUCGGGUGUCGCACGCGGGCAUGAUCAACCCCGAGGACCGCUGGAAGAGCCUGCACUUCAGCGGCCACGUGGCGCAGCUGGAGCUGAAGAUCCGCGUGCGCUGCGACGAGAACUACUACAGCGCCGCCUGCACCAAGUUCUGCCGGCCGCGCAACGACUUCUUCGGCCACUACACCUGCGACCAGUACGGCAACAAGGCCUGCAUGGACGGCUGGAUGGGCAAGGAGUGCAAGGAGGCUGUGUGUAAACAAGGAUGCAACCUGCUCCACGGGGGGUGCUCCGUGCCCGGGGAGUGCAGGUGCAGCUACGGCUGGCAGGGCAGGUUCUGUGACGAGUGCGUCCCGUACCCCGGCUGUGUGCACGGCAGCUGCGUGGAGCCCUGGCAGUGCACCUGUGAGACCAACUGGGGCGGCCUGCUGUGCAACAAAGACCUGAACUACUGCGGCAGCCACCGCCCCUGCAUCAACGGGGGCACGUGCAUCAACGCGGAGCCUGACCAGUACCGCUGCGCCUGCCCUGACGGCUACUCGGGCAAGAACUGUGAGCGGGCCGAGCACGCCUGCGCCUCCAACCCGUGUGCCAAUGGGGGCUCCUGCCACGAGGCACCCUCGGGCUUCGAGUGCCACUGCCCGUCAGGCUGGAGCGGGCCCACCUGUGCGCUGGACAUCGACGAGUGUGCCUCCAAUCCGUGUGCGGCGGGGGGCACGUGCGUGGACCAGGUGGACGGCUUUGAGUGCGUGUGCCCGGAGCAGUGGGUGGGGGCCACCUGCCAGCUGGACGCCAAUGAGUGUGAAGGGAAGCCGUGCCUUAAUGCUUUUUCUUGCAAAAACCUGAUUGGUGGCUAUUACUGUGAUUGCCUCCCGGGCUGGAAGGGCGCCAACUGCCACAUCAACGCCAACGACUGCCGGGGCCAAUGUCAGAACGGUGGCACCUGCAAGGACCUGGUGAACGGCUACCAGUGCGCGUGUCCUCGGGGCUUUGGGGGCCGGCACUGCGAGCACCAGCUGGACGAGUGUGCCAGCAGCCCCUGCCACGGCGGCCUCUGCGAGGACCUGGUCGACGGCUUCCGCUGUCACUGCCCUCAGGGCUUCUCAGGGCCGCUCUGCGAGGUGGACAUCGACUUCUGCGAGCCAAGCCCCUGCCAGAACGGGGCCCGGUGCUACAACCUGGAGGGGGACUACUACUGCGCCUGCCCGGACGACAUGGGCGGCAAGAAUUGCUCUGAACCCCGGGCGCCCUGUCCUGGCGGGGCCUGCAAGGUGGUCGAUGGCUGCGGGUUCGAGACAGGGACCAGGGUGGCUGGAAUGGGCCCCUCUGGCGUGUGCGGCCCCCACGGACACUGCAUCAGCCAGCCCGGGGGCAACUUCUCCUGUGUCUGUGACAGCGGCUUCACGGGCACCUACUGCCACGAGAACAUUGACGACUGCCUGGGCCAGCCGUGCCGCAACGGGGGCACCUGCAUCGACGAGGUGGACGCCUUCCGCUGCUUCUGCCCCAGCGGCUGGGAGGGCGAGCUCUGUGACACCAAUCCCAACGACUGCCUCCCCGAUCCCUGCCACAGCCGCGGUCGCUGCUUCGACCUGGUCAACGACUUCUACUGCGUGUGCGACGACGGCUGGAAGGGCAAGACCUGCCACUCGCGGGAGUUCCAGUGUGACGCCUACACCUGCAGCAACGGCGGCACGUGCUACGACAGCGGGGACACCUUCCGCUGCGCUUGCCCCCCAGGCUGGAAGGGCAGCACCUGCACUGUCGCCAAGAACAGCAGCUGCCUUCCCAACCCCUGCGUGAACGGGGGCACCUGUGUGGGCAGCGGAGACUCCUUCUCCUGCAUCUGCCGGGAUGGCUGGGAGGGCCGCACCUGCACCCACAAUACCAACGACUGCAACCCCUUGCCCUGCUACAAUGGUGGCGUCUGCGUGGACGGCAUCAACUGGUUCCGCUGCGAGUGUGCGCCUGGCUUUGCGGGUCCCGACUGCCGCAUCAACAUUGAUGAGUGCCAGUCCUCACCCUGUGCCUACGGGGCCACGUGCGUGGACGAAAUCAAUGGCUACCGCUGCAGCUGCCCACCCGGCCGAUCCGGCCUGCGGUGCCAGGAGGUGAUCGUGUUUGGGAGGUCCUGCUGGUCGCAGGGCGUGCCCUUCCCUCACGGGAGCUCGUGGGUGGAGGACUGCAACAGCUGCCGCUGCCUGGACGGCCACCGGGACUGCAGCAAGGUGUGGUGCGGCCAGAAGCCCUGCCUGCUGGCUGGCCGGCCGGAUGCCCUGAGCACCCAGUGCCCUCCAGGGCAGCAGUGCCUGGAGAAGGCCCCGGGCCAGUGCUUGCAGCCACCCUGCGCGGCUUGGGGGGCAUGUAGUGCAGAGGAGCCUGUGCUACCCAGCACCCCAUGCCAGCCGCGCUCCGGCCACCUGGACAACAACUGUGCCCGCCUCACCCUGCGCUUCAACCGCGAUCAGGUGCCCCAGGGUACCACCGUGGGCGCCGUCUGCUCUGGCAUCCGUGCUCUGCCGGCCACGAGGGCCGCAGCCCGGGACCGCCUGCUCGUCCUGCUCUGCGACCGGCCGCCCUCAGAGGCCAGCGCGGUGGAGGUGGCCUUGUCCUUCAGCCCCGCACGAGACGUGCCGGACAGCAGCCUGAUCCAGAGCGCAGCGCACGCCAUCGUGACCGCCAUCACGCAGCGGGGGAACAGCUCGCUGCUGCUGGCCGUCACCGAGGUCAAGGUGGAGACGGUCGUUGUGGGCAGGUCCUCCACAGGGCUGCUGGUGACAGUGCUGUGCGGCGUGUUCAGCGUGCUGUGUCUGGCGUGCGUGGUCGUCUGCGUGUGGUGGACACGCAAGCGCAGGAAAGAGCGAGAGAGGAGCCGGCUGCCGCGGGAGGAGGGCCCCAACAACCAGUGGGCCCCGCUCAACCCCAUCCGCAACCCCAUCGAGCGGCCGGGCGGCCCCGGCGGCCCCAAGGACACGCUGUUCCCCUGCAAGAACUUCACGCCGCCCCCGCGCAGGGUGGGCGAGGCGCUGCCCGGGCCAGCGGGCGGCGGGGAGGACGAGGAGGACGAGGAGCCGGGCCGUGGGGAGGACGAGUCCCCCGAGGCCGAGAAGUUCCUUGCACACAAGUUCACCAAAGACCCCGGCCGUUCGCCCGGGCGGCCGGCCCGCUGGGCCUCAGGCCCCAAGGUGGACAACCGCACGCUUGGGGGCGCCAGCGCUGCCCGCCGCGCCGGCCGGGAGUAGGCGCCAGGCUGCCCUCGGGGCCACAGGAGGCCGAGGCCACGCGCAUAGUUUAUUUUGUGUAAAAAAGAAAAAACACCAAAAGCAAAAAAACAAAUGUUUAUUUUCUACGUUUCUGUAGCCUUGUAUAAAUUAUUCGGUAACUGUCAGGCGGAAAACAACGGCGAAUUCUUGGAGAGUUGCUAUUUUUGUAACGUUCCCGUGUGCCGCGCACGCGUGUGUGGCAGGAGACAGCAAGGGGGCGUGUCCUCCCCAGGUCCUUGGACGUUUGUCCCCGAGGUGGCGCGCUGUUUACAGAAUCUUCCUUUAUCCCUCAUCUGGGUUCGCCGUGGCUCCAGGCCAAAGAGCCGGUGGGACCCACGGCGUCCGGCGUGGCCCGUGGCUGCCGGGGGCUCCUGUGGUGGCAGUGGGGCUGGGGGUCGCCAGUGGGGCCCGUGGUGGUUGGCAUGGCCUGAGGCCGCAGGCAGACCCACCCCUCCGGCCCGCCGUCCUCGCCUGCGCUGCCCGCGACGCUCGCUCCAGAGAUCUCUCAACUGUGCUUUCAGAAGUGCCCUUCCUGACUGCUCCGUCCCCUGGGGCGGCGGCAGUACCGACGCUUGUGACAAGUGCCUUCUCACAGACUCUCCCUCGCGACUGUCAACGUCUGCUGCGGGCACCUGGCUGCUGCCCACCUGCCGGCCCCGGCCGCCCCUCCUCGUGAAAGUGCAUUUCUGUACAUAUGUACAUAUUAAAUGAAUCACUCUGUAUAUUUGAUUUAAUAACUUAAAA